AUGCCUAUUAUACCGGAAGAAAGGAGAAUAUUGUUAGAGAAAUUGAAUUUGAAAACGUCGACAAGUGAUAUUGAACGAUUUUUCACAAGAUGGGGUCCACUUUCUGAAUGCAUUGUCAUGUUUGAUAAGAAUACGAGGCGUUCUCGAGGAUACGGAUUUAUUUGUUUUGUUUGGGAUCAUCAUUGUGAAGAGUGCCUCGAAGCGCAGCCACAUUCAAUAGAUGGUGUACAAAUUGAAAUGCGACCAAUCAAAGCCGUAUCUUCAAAUCCGAUUGUCAAGUAUGUCAAUUCACGAAAAAUCCUAGUUUCCUACCUUAGUGCACGUCUUACAAUUGAUGAACUCGAGGAAUAUUUUUCAAAAUUUGGUAUAGCCCGUAUUGAUUGUGCAGUGGAUACACUAAAUGAGAAGUCAUUGUAUUUUGCGUAUGUUACAUUUAACGAAGUUGAAUCGUGUGAUAGUUGUAUAAAUAUUGGAGAACAUUGCAUUGGUGGUUACCAUAUUUUCGUUCGAAAAGUGAUUCGACGAGAAGAUCUCAAAAAAGCGGAACAAAUGGAACGUGUUAGAGCUGUUUGUGAAGCUCGAAUUCAAGAAGAGCUGCAAGAAGAAGCAGGAAGAAGACGACGUAAUUUGGAUAAAAAAUUGCGUGCAAAUUAUUCUACGGAACUAGCCUUGUUGCGACCACCUCCGCCACCACCACCUGUUGCUGCACCGUUACGAGAAACUGCUGAACAGCCUCCGCCAUCGACCUCCAGUUGGGUGCCUCUUUUACCUAAUGAACAAUUCCAGGAAGAUGGUGCUUCCCAGCUUGCUGGUUAUGGGCCACAACGUCAGAAGCAGAAACAGUGUAGUACUUUUGCAGGUCCACAUCUUUCGGGAAAUCCUGUAGGAACCGGAAUAUCACAGUGGAUUCCACUGCCGCAUGGGAAUAUAUCGUCGUCCUCCGACAUUGUUCGACGAUAUUCUACGCCAAGCGAACCGUUUAAUAAUCGGUCCUGA